AUGGCGGCUCAGCGGAUCCGCGCGGCCAACUCCAACGGGCUCCCGCGCUGCAAGUCGGAGGGGACCCUCAUCGACCUGAGCGAGGGCUUCUCGGAGACGAGCUUCAACGACGUCAAAGUGCCUUCUCCCAGUGCCUUGCUUGCCGACAAUCCGACGCCUUUCGGGAACGCGAAGGAAGUGAUAGCCAUCAAGGACUACUGCCCCACCAACUUCACCACGCUCAAGUUCUCCAAGGGGGACCACUUGUACGUCCUGGACACGUCAGGGGGCGAGUGGUGGUAUGCGCACAACACCACCGAGAUGGGCUACAUCCCCUCCUCCUACGUGCAGCCGGUCAACUACCGCAACUCAACGCUGAGCGAUAGCGGCAUGAUCGACAACCUCGCCGACAGCCCCGACGAGGUGGCCAAAGAGCUGGAGCUGCUGGGCGGAGGCUGGCUGGACGAGAAGAGAACUUCCACCAAAGCGCACAACAACAACCCUUUCUGGAACGGGGUGCAAACGAACCCCUUUCUGAACGGCAACGUGCCCGUCCUGCCCAGCCUGGAAGAGGCGGCUCCCAAAGCGACAGUGGACUUGCUGCUCUUCGACACGGAGGUGCCGCCCUCUUUCACCCCCACCAGCUCGGCAGCCACCCACAGUGUCGGCAAUAUUUUUGAUGAGCUGCCCUCGGCCAACAGGCUCUCCGGGGCGGAGCAGCCCGUCAGACGAGAGAACCCCUUUUUCCGGAGCAAACGCUCCUACAGCCUAUCCGAGCUGUCCGUCCUCCAAGCCAAAUCGGAAACCCCUUCCUCGUCCAACUUCUUCAGCGGGUUGAAGUCUCCGACCCCAGAACAGUUUCAGAGCCGGGAGGACUUUCGGGCUGCCUGGCUGAACCACAGGAAGCUGGCCCGCUCCUGCCACGACUUAGACUUGCUCGGCCAAAAUCCCGGCUGGGGCCAGACUCAGCCCGUGGAGACAAACAUCGUGUGCAAGUUGGACACGUCGGGCGGCGCCGUCCAGCUCCCGGACACGAAUAUCACCAUCCACGUGCCCGAGGGCCACGUGGCUCCUGGGGAGAUGCAGCAGAUUUCCAUGAAAGCCCUGCUCGACCCCCCCUUGGAGCUCAACAGCGACAGAUCCAGCACCAUCAGCCCGGUGUUGGAGGUGAAGCUAAGCAACAUGGAGGUGAAGUCCUUCCUCAUCCUGGAGAUGAAGGUUUCGGCCGAGGUGAGGCAGGACGUGGUCAGCAGAAGCACGGUGGUGCUGCAGUGUCUGCGCAGCGACGCCAAGGAGGGCCCCUACGUCCCGGUGCCGCUGGCCUACAGCUACGGGGACACCAUCCAGGUUCACCUGGAGAACCUGGAGCCUUGCAUGUACGUCGCCGUCGUGGCCCACGGACAGAACAUCCUCUACCCUUCCACCGUCUGGGACUUCAUCAACAAGAAAAUCACGGUCGGGGUGUACGGCCCCAAGCACAUCCACCCCUCGUUCAAGACCGUGGUCACCCUCUUCGGCCACGAGUGCGCGCCCAAGACGCUGCUGGUCAGCGAGGUCACGCGGCAGGUCCACGGCACCUCUCCGGUGGCCCUGCAGCUGUGGGGGAAGCACCAGUUCGUCUUGUCCCGGCCCCAGGAUCUCAAGCUGUGCAUGUUCUCCAACAUGACCAACUACGAGGUCAGGGCCAGCGAGCAGGCCAAAGUGGUCAGGGGCUUCCAGAUGAAGCUGGGCAAGGUGAGCCGCCUGAUCUUUCCCAUCACGUCCCACGACCCCAACGACCUCUCCGACUUCACCCUGAGGGUCCAGGUCAAGGAUGACCAGGAGGCCAUCCUCACCCAGUUCUGCGUCCAGACCCCGCAGCCCCCGCCCAAGAGUGCCGUCAAGCCGUCCGGACCCAGGCGGUUCCUCAAGAAGAACGAGAUGGGGAAGAUCAUCCUGUCCCCCCUGGCGGCCACCACCAAGUACCCGACUUUUCAGGAGCGGCCGGUGGCCAGCCUCAAGUUUGGAAAACUGCUGAAGACGGUCGUAAGGCAGAAUAAAAACCAUUAUUUGCUGGAGUACAAGAAGGGCGAUAUCAUAGCCCUGCUCAGUGAGGAGAAGAUCAAACUGAAGGGCCAGCUAUGGACGAAGGAGUGGUACAUCGGCUACUACCAGGGGAAGAUCGGACUCGUGCACACCAAGAACGUAUUGAUCGUUGGGAAGAUCCGGCCGUGCUUCUUUUCCGGGCCGGACCUCAGUACCGGCGUGCUUCUGGAGCAAAUCCUGAGGCCCUGCAAGUUCCUCACUUACAUCUAUGCCUCCGUAAGGACUCUGCUCAUGGAGAACAUCUGCAGCUGGCGGUCCUUCGCCGACGCGCUGGGCUACGUGAAUCUCCCGCUCACGUUUUUUUGCCGAGCAGAGUUGGACAGCGAGCCUGAGCGGGUGGCCUCCGUUCUCGAGAAGCUGAAGGAGGACUGUAACAACGCCGAGAACAAAGACAGAAAAUCUUUUCAGAAGGAGCUCAUGAUGGCUUUGUUGAAGAUGGACUGUCAGGGCCUUGUGGUCAGGCUCAUCCAGGACUUUGUGCUCUUGACCACUGCCGUGGAGGUGGCCCAGCGAUGGAGGGAGCUGGCGGAAAAGCUCGCCAAAGUAUCCAAGCAGCAGAUGGACGCUUAUGAAUCUCCGCACCGGGACAGGAACGGGGUUGUCGACAGCGAGGCCAUGUGGAAGCCCGCCUAUGACUUCUUAUUGACGUGGAGCAAUCAGAUUGGGGACAGCUACCGGGACGUCAUCCAGGAGCUCCACCUGGGCUUGGACAAGAUGAAGAACCCCAUCACUAAGCGCUGGAAACACCUCACGGGGACCCUGAUCCUGGUGAACUCCCUGGAUAUCCUGAGGGCAGCUGCCUUUAGCCCCAUGGACCACGAAGACUUUGCCAUCUGAGGCGUGGGCUUCCCGGACGCCUCCUGCUGCUUCCUCUUGACGCGGAUUGGCCUUCAGACUGGGUAGAACUGAACCCCAAAAGAAGAGCAGGCCACCCAUUAGAGCGGACUGAGCGUCUCCUCCCCACCCCGCUCCUCCCCCUUCCUUGCUCUGCUCCUAACCCAGGAACAUCCCCAAGAGAUUUUCUAUUGUAUAUUGUUGCCAAUCAAACAAACUUUCUACUUGUAAAGUAUAAAGUGGGAAAUCAUGUUUUUAUAGAAAUUUGGAGAAAUCCUACAAAAUCUCUAAUUUUUUAACAGAUAAAAGGAAAAAAAAAUAAAACCACUGAGGUGGCGGCGGG